AUGAACAACGCGUUGCAACAGACCAUCGAGGCGCUGGCGAAGGAAAAGGGCAUCGAAGCCGAUAUCAUCAUCACCGCGAUUGAAGACGCGGUGCUCACCGCGUCCCGUAAGUACUACAAGACAGACGAGAACCUGCGCACCAAGUUCAAUCCGGAGACCGGGCAGGUGGAAUUGUUCGCGGUUCGGCGGAUUGUGGAAGACGUGACCGAUCCAGCAGCCGAGAUCUCGCUGGCUGAAGCUCACGAUCUGUACGGCGACGAGGCCGAAGCGGGCAUGGAGAUCGAAUUCCCCAAGCCGACCGAUGUGCUGGGACGCAUCGCCGCCCAGACGGCCAAACAGGUCAUCUUCCAGAAGGUGCGCGAGGCCGAGCGCGAGAAUGUGUUCGCCGAGUACAGCCAGCGGGUGGGCGAAGUGGUGAACGGCCUCGUCAAAGGCUUCGAAAGCGGCGACAUCGUCGUCGAAAUUGGACGCGUUGAAGCGCUCCUGCCUCGUCGUGAGCAGUCGCGCGCCGAGAACUACACGACCGGCGACCGGGUGCGAGCUGUAAUCAAGGAUGUCAACAAGAACACGAAAGGACCACAGAUCGUUCUGUCCCGCACCGCUCCGAUGCUGCUGAUCAAGCUGUUCGAACAGGAGGUGCCCGAGAUCUACGACGGCACCGUCGUCAUUCGGGGUGCAGUUCGCGAAGCGGGCGACCGGGCCAAGGUCGCAGUGGCGUCUCGCGAGCGGGAGGUUGAUCCGGUCGGGGCCUGUGUCGGGAUGAAGGGCACGCGCGUGCAGGCGAUCAUCCGCGAACUGCGUGGUGAGAAGAUUGACAUCGUCGAGUGGUCCGAAGACGCAGCCACCUUCGUAACGAACGGCAUCAGCCCCGCACGCGUGCAGCGGGUGUCCGUGGUCGACGAGGUUGACCGGGUGAUCGAGGUGGUGGUCGAAGAUCGCCAGUUGUCUCUCGCGAUCGGCAAGAAGGGCCAGAACGUACGGCUUGCCGCCAAACUGACCGGCUGGAAAAUCGACAUCAAGAGCGAAGAGGAGAAGCGUCGCGAGGUGGAGGCCCAAUUCGACGGACUGGGCGCCGAGCCGGCGCCGCUGUCGGUGCCUGGACUCGACGAAGAGAUGGUCGAGAAACUGAAUGCCGCCGGUAUCGAAACCGUGGAACGCAUGGUCGCCGCCAGCGCUUCGGAGUUGAGCGAGGUACUUGGCAUCUCGGAGGGUGCGGCCGAAGCGCUGCGUCAGGGAGCGGAAGCCGCCACGAUGGCCGCAAGUGGCGCAGUCGGCAGCGGAACCACGGAGGCGGUACCCCAAGAGGGGAUUGAGCCGCUCCCCGGCUCGCCAGUUGCCGUCGCCGACGCGCCUGUCGCAGCGGCGGUACCCGCUCCCGCAACGACAGGACCGGAGACCGCCCCAGCCGAGGCAACGACCCACGGAGAGCGGGCUCCGGGGGAUGGAUAG